AUCCAGGUUUUUCAAACACGUGGUAUUGCCCCUCCUUAGUUCCGGUUCCCUUUCCUUUCUAAUCUAACUUAGAGAGUGUGAUCGACGUUUCGUGUCUAGAAAGACUUAAAAUUCUCAGAAUGCGUUACGUUGCUGCAUACCUCCUGUGUGCCCUUGGUGGCAAUAGCUCCCCCUCUGCCGCCCAGAUUGAGAAGAUCUUGAGCAGCGUGGGUAUUGAAGCCGAGUCUGAUAAGAUCAACAAGAUCAUCGGUGAACUCAAAGGCAAAGACCUCGAGGAACUGAUUGCAGAGGGCUCCAAGAAACUGGCUUCCGUUCCAUCUGGUGGUGGUGCUGUGGCUGCUGCCCCUGCUGGUGGCGCCGCCCCUGCUGCUGGUGGUGCUGCUCCAGCCGAAGCCAAGAAGGAGGAGAAGAAGGAUGAGUCUGAGGAGUCUGAUGACGACAUGGGCUUUGGACUGUUCGACUAAAAUCUAGGACGCCAGCUUAUGUUGACAAUAAAAAACUAAAAGUAA